AUGAAUGUUACAUUAUGCAAGGAAGUUACCGAAGCAGAAAUUCAGAGAGCUGUUAAGCAACUUGGGCCUUUGAAAGCACCUGGUAAGGAUGGUUUUCCUGGAUUAUUUUUUCGAAAGUACUGGGAUAUUGUCGGUGUUCAAGUCAGUUCAGCUGUUAAGGAAUUUUUCACUUCGAUGAUAAUGCCAUCAUCUCUUAAUACUACUCAGGUAGUUCUUAUUCCUAAAGUUCCGAAUCUUGAAGAUUUAAGCUCUAUUUCGGAGAUGGCUAUAAAGCUAGAUUUAAAUAAAGCUUUUGAUCGUGUUGAAUGGGAUUUCUUACUUGCUGUAAUGAAUAAAAUGGGGUUUUCUUCUACAUGGCAAUCUUGGAUUUCGCAGUGUAUCUCGACUUCUUCUCUGGAAUUUUUUAUUAAUGAUGAGAUUUAUUGUACAAUAGAGCCUCAAAGGGGUUUGAGGCAGGGAGAUCCCAUAUCUCCGUACUUGUUUCUUAUUGUAGCUGAUGUUUUGUCUCGCUCUAUCUCAAACGCAGUUAAUAAUGGAUUAUUUUCUGGUAUCAAAAUGGCUCGUGAAUGUCCAACGGAGUAUUGUCUAGCCUCUGGUCAGAAGAUUAAUUUUUCUAAAUCUUUAGUUCUGUUUAGCCCAAAUACUAAUUCGGAGCUUAAACAGAAAGUUAUUGAUAUUUUGGGAAUUUCAAAAUCCUCUGGGAAAAGUAAGUAUUUGGGUCUUCCGGCUACUCUUGGUAAAAAUAAAUCAGAGGUGUUUGCUUAUAUUCUCGAAAGAGUUCUUAAAAAGAUGCAAGGUUGGAAGAGUAAGCUUUUAUCGCAGGCAGGAAGAGAAAUCUUAAUAAAAGCUGUUGUCCAGGCAAUUCCCUCAUAUGCUAUGCAUUGUUUUCUUCUUUCCCAGAGUAUGAUUAAUAAAAUUAUGACUGCAGUUAGAAGAUUUUGGUGGGGAGGUGAUUCAGAUAAGAAUUGUAUCUAUUGGCGAAAAUGGGAUCUUCUUACAAAGGCAAAAUCAGAAGGUGGAAUGGGGUUUAGAGAUUUAAAAUCUUUUAAUCUUGCACUGUUGGCCAAGCAAGGCUGGAGGCUUCUUGGUAGAGAUAUUUUGUUAACUGGAAUUCGUUGGCAAGUGGGUAAUGGCAGAAGUAUAAACUUUUGGUGUGAUCGUUGGAUUCCCAAUAAUCAAGGCUUUUUCGUUCGAGAUGCUAAGGGCCCUUUUAAUGUUAAUUCUUCUGUAGCUGAUUUUAUUUCAUCGGGUAAAUGGAAUCUGAGUAAACUUAAAGAAUGUGUCUCCGAUCAAUCAGUUUCGGAAAUCUCUGCUAUUCCGAUUAGCCGAACGAAUGCUAAUGACCGUCUUGUCUGGCACUUUGACUAUAAAGGUAACUAUACGGUCAAAUCUGGCUAUUACGUUGCUCUCAGCCUUAAAGAUUCAUCUACGCAGCAUGCUUCUUCUUCUUCAAAUCCAAGCAAAUCUUUUUGGAAACUCUUAUGGUCCAUCUCUGCUCCGCCAAAAUUAAAACAUUUCUUGUGGAGAAUUUGUUCGAAUGCUUUGUGGUUAUCUUCUAUGAUAUCAAUGUUUGAGUCGAAGAAGGAUGUGUUGUUUUUCCUUUCGACAUUUGCUUUUGUGGGAUGGUCUGUUUGGGUAUCCAGAAAUAAGUUUGUUUACGAAAAUGUUCCAGUCAGCCAUGUUUCAACUUUAAAGGCUAGUGUUCAAGCUCAGGUGGAGUUUUUAUCUUUAUUAGAAACAUCAUGUUUAGAGUCUAGAAGCUCCACAGUUGUUUCUUCACUACAGUGGAUCCCUCCCCUUGUGAAUAAGGUGAAGUUUAAUUGCGAUGGAGCUUUUAAAAAUGGCUCAGCGACUAUCGGAGUUAUUGGGAGAGACCAUGUGGGGCAGCUUGUUGAUGGUCUGGGUUGUUCUGUUAAAGCUGUCUCCGCACUUCAAGUGGAAUUAAUAGCAAUUCGAGAAGCAUGUCAAGCCAUCAAGAGUCAACAAUUAUCUUCUGCAAUUGUAGAAUCUGAUUGCAAAUUUACUGUUGACCUUUUAUCUUCGAGCCUGGAUCCUCCUUGGAGUUGCGCUGUUUUAGUUGAAGACAUCAAAGUUAUAGCUUCUCAGUUUUGUACCGUCUUCUCUUCCGUGCCUCGUCAUUGGGUUGCAAAACAAGCUUUUCAUGGUCUGCUCCUUCUUGAUUGGGUUUCUAGCCCUCCAGCUGAUUUGCUCUCUUUAUUGAGCAGUGAUUUCUCUCGUGUUUCUUGA